UAUCUACAUCUAUAUCUCUCUGUAUAUCUCCAUCUCUCUCUCCAAAUUUCACACCUCAUUUUCAUAACUUCCCAUUUAUAUAUAUUUCUUCAAUCAAUUCAUGUAUUAACAUUAAUUAACACUUGCUUCAUUCCAUUUCUUUGUUUUUCAGGUUUGAAACUGUGGCAAGUAUAAUGAGAAGCCCUAACAGGUAUCACCUGUUGGAAUACUUAUAUGGUUUUCUACUAUUAGGCAACCUAAUUCAUGUAGUUUUAGCUGCGGAUUAUGUCCCGGCCGACAAGAUUUUGUUAAAUUGUGGUGCAAAUGGUGAGUUGAGUGAUGAUGAUGGUAGACAAUGGACAUCAGAUGCCGGGUCAAAGUUUGCGUUAGGUUCUAGUUCAAUAGCUUCAGAGGCAGCAACGCAAAAACCUUCUGUGCCGACAGUCCCUUAUAUGACUGCUCGUAUAUUCAGAUCAGAAUUCACUUAUAGUUUUCCUGUAGCAUCGGGUAGGAAGUUUGUUCGUCUUUACUUCUAUCCUGCUUCAUAUGCCAACCUUAAUGCCUCCAAAGGCGUGUUUUCAGUCGUUUCUGGCUCGUAUACCCUUUUGAAAAACUUUAGUGCGUCCGAGACUGCAACCAAUCUGAACUUUGAUUUCAUAUCUAAGGAGUAUUCGGUGAAUGUUGAUUCUGGGACAUUGAAUUUGACAUUCACUCCUGCUCCCGGAACACCUGAUUCGUAUGCAUUUGUUAAUGGUAUUGAAAUUGUGUCUCAUCCAGAUAUUUAUGCUUCUGCCGGAAACACCAUGAUUGUUGGUUCUAGCACAGGUUAUGACAUAAACAACAACACUGUUCUUGAAAAUGUCUAUCGGUUAAAUGUUGGUGGGCAGGCUAUUUCGCCUUCUAAGGAUACCGGGCUUUUUAGAUCAUGGGGAGGUGAUACUCCAUAUAUCUUUGGGGCUUCCAAUGGGGUUUCUGUAGCUACGGAUCCAAACAUUACUAUCAGUUACCCUUCAGGCAUGGAAGAUUACGUUGCACCAGUGGAUGUAUAUAAAACCGCUAGGUCAAUGGGUCCAACUCCAGAAGUCAACACAGGCUAUAAUCUGAGUUGGUACUUUGACGUUGACACCGGCUUCUCAUACCUGGUUAGACUUCAUUUCUGUGAAAUUGCUCCGGAUUUCACCCGCAUUAAUCAACGAGUAUUUGAAAUCUUCAUCAAUAAUCAAACCGCAGAGACCGAGGCUGAUGUGAUUGCUUGGGCAACAAAAAGGGAGGUGCCUGUGUAUAAGGAUUAUGUCGUCUUUUUUGCCCUUGGCGCGCCCCGUGAGGAUCUGUGGCUAGCACUGCAUCCAAACACUGCAUUAAAGCCACAAUAUUUUGAUGCAAUCUUGAAUGGUGUGGAGAUAUUCAAGAUAAACGCUAGUGAUGGUAAUCUCGCAGGAUCACUUCCAGCCCCUGCUCCAGUACAACCAAUCAUUGACCCAAAUAGGGGUUUGUCAUCACCCAAGUCUGGUAAAUCAAGCAAAACCGGGAUAAUUGGUGGCAGUGUUGGUGGUGGCAUUGCUGCUGUUCUUCUUAUUGGUCUGUUUGUUUGCUUUCUUACCCGUAAAGGCAAGCAACGAAAGGAUCCAAGCUCGAGUGAUGGCCCAUCCGGUUGGCUGCCACUUUCCUUGUAUGGAAACUCCCACUCUUCGGGUUCUACCGCCAAAACAAACACCACGGGAAGCUAUGCGUCAUCUCUACCUUCAAACUUAUGCCGACAUUUUUCAUUUUCAGAGAUCAAAGCAGCCACCAAAAACUUUGAUGAAACUUUACUUCUUGGUGUUGGUGGAUUCGGGAAAGUCUAUAAAGGUGAAAUAGAUGGUGGAACGACUAAAGUUGCUAUUAAACGUGGAAAUCCGUUAUCUGAUCAAGGUGUAAACGAAUUCCAAACAGAAAUUGAGAUGCUUUCAAAGCUUCGUCACCGUCACCUUGUAUCUUUGAUUGGUUAUUGUGAAGACAACAAUGAAAUGAUUUUGGUAUACGAUUACAUGGCUCAUGGGACUCUUCGUGAGCAUCUUUACAAGUCCCAAAACCAACCAUUACCAUGGAAACAAAGGCUGGAGAUUUGCAUAGGAUCUGCACGUGGUCUUCAUUAUCUUCACACGGGUGCCAAGCACACAAUCAUCCAUCGUGAUGUAAAGACAACUAAUAUCCUCCUAGACGAGAAAUGGGUUGCUAAAGUUUCUGACUUUGGGCUAUCCAAAACAGGGCCUGCUUUGGAUCACACUCAUGUUAGCACCGUGGUCAAAGGUAGUUUUGGAUAUUUAGAUCCUGAAUACUUCAGAAGACAACAAUUAACGGAUAAAUCUGAUGUUUACUCAUUUGGGGUGGUUCUUUUUGAGAUAUUAUGUGCCCGUCCUGCUCUAAACCCAACACUUCCAAAGGAACAAGUGAGCUUAGCCGAAUGGGCUCAACAUUGUCACAAGAAGGGUAUUCUCGACCAGAUUAUAGACCCAUAUCUAAAGGGAAAAAUCUCGCCUGAAUGUUUCAAGAAAGUGGCAGAGACAGCAGUAAAGUGUGUGGCAGACCAAGGGAUUGAGCGGCCAUCAAUGGGUGACGUGUUAUGGAACCUUGAAUUCGCUCUGCAACUUCAAGAGAGUGCAGAAGACAGUGGCGGCAAAGGUGCAUUGGAUUUGGAAGAGGGAGUUUAUGACGAAUUGCCACUAAAAGGGAAGGUGGCUGAUGAUGGUUAUGAAGGAAAUGUGACAGAUUCAAGAAGUACCGGAAUGUCAAUGAGCAUUGGUGGGAGGAGUUUGGCUAGUGAGGACUCGGAUGGUUUAACACCGAGUGCGGUUUUCUCACAAAUAAUGAACCCGAAAGGUCGUUAAAAUGGCGGAUUCCGGUUAGGUGCCGGAAAGUUAAUCUUAUUGUGAUAAAUUUGUAUUCUAUUCUUUUUUCUACACACAGGGUUGAUUACUUUGAGCCCUUUUUUUCAUUCUUUUUUUUGGUUACUUUGCAAUGGGAUAAUAUCUCUAAUUAUAAACUAUAAGUUGUAUGUACAAGUUUAACAGUCUUUUACAUAAUUGUUCAUUUGAUGCUCUUGGGAUUAA